CACGUGCUCUUUCCUCCUCUCUGUUCUCGUGCAGUGUGCUGUGUAAAGUGGGACGCGCGCUCUUGUUUCCAUAGAAACGCACAGGACGCCUUGACACUGCUGUGCCGCGCGCCGCUCUGAUCAUUCAUCAAGACUUCACAAAAACCGCAAGAUGCCAUUUUAUGACAACGUUUACUACCCGUUCCCGUCAGAUCCCCCGGGAACUCAUUCCUCAGCAGGGAUCCCAUCUCUACUGAGCUCUCCACAGAGUCAGCCCUCAUCCGGCAGCCAGAGCAGACCGGCCGCAUCCACCAUGUCCGGACCGCUUACUUCAUCCGCAGCCGCCACCAGCACCAGCAUUCCCCAGCCCUUCAAGUUCAGAGCCCGGCGUGAGAAUGUGGAUUGGCGUCGGAUCAAUGCAGUGGAUGUGGACCGAGUGGCCUGCGAAAUGGAUUUCCACGCAUUACAGGAGCACAUCACGGCGGUGACGUUCUGCAGCGUGGAGGGGGAGCGCUGCCACCGCUGUCAGAGCCCCGUAGACCCGGCCCUGAUCAAGCUCUUCCGGUUGGCCCAGCUCACCGUGGAGUACCUGCUGCACUCCCAGGAUUGCCUGAGCGUCAGUCUGCAGGCGGCCGAGGAGAGACUCCUGACGGAGGCUCGGGAAAGAGAGCAGCUCCUCGUCCAGCUGCAGAAAAAAAGCCAGGAUGCCAAGACGUUAAAGGAGGAACUGAAGCAGAGGAAGAAGAUCAUUGCCUCUCAGCAAGCCAUGUUCAGCGCGGGGAUCGGUGCCAAUUACCACAAGUGCCAACAUUGUGAGAAAGCCUUCAUGAAUGCCUCUUUCCUGCAAAGUCACACGCAGCGCAGACAUCCUACGGAGUUUGACAUCAAACUGAUAACAGAUAAUCAAAAAAAAAUUCAGACUGUGAAGUUACAAGAUGAGAUCAAUAAACUACAAGAGCAGUUGACCCUGGUCACGUCCCAAAUGGAAACACAGCAGAAAGACUACACUGCUAAACAGGAGAAAGAGCUUAUUCAAAGGCAGGAGGAGUUUAAGCAACAACUGGAAAUAUGGAGGGAGGAGGAGAAAAUGCGGAUGAACAGCAAAAUAGAUGAAAUCAAGCAAGCUUGUCAACGGGACAUGGAUUCAAUGCAUCAAAAGAACAGAAACCUAGAAACCGAAUUGAUAAGAUUACAGCAGAAAAAUAUGCAGGAAAGCCUGCAGCCGGUACUGACACAGCCCAGUACAUCAGCCAGCAAUGAACACUGGCAGGAAGUUGUUAAACUUCAACAAAAACUCCACAAACAAGAGGUGAAGUGGACAGGGAAAAUGCAAAAAAUAAAGGAGGACCAUGACAGUGAAAAAAGUCUGCUUCAGGAGGACCUGUUCAAUCUGCGCUCUGCUGUGUCAGAAGGCAGGGAGGAAUCGCGGAGACAGGUGCAGGAACUGAGCCACAGGCUGCAGGAACAGCAGCAGAUUAUUGCCUCCCAAAACAAGCAGAUGAAACAGAUCUCGUCAAAGCCGCCAACAAUAACCGUACAGCGUGAAGUAGCUGCUGCCCCGGUUCCAGAGACUAAAGCUAAAGUAGUGGCCACUGAGCAGACCAGCUCAGUCCAUAAACUGGAUCCUAUAGUGGAGCUGUCUGAGGAGGAGAAAGAUUCCUCUAGCAUCUCUGAAAGUCACGAGGAGAGCCGGUCGUGGCAGCAGGAAGUGCAGGAGCUGUUGAAGAACCCGGGUUUGAGGAGAGACAUGCGUCUGGCAGCUCAGCAGAACCUUGAUGAUAGACUGCAGAACUUAGGCAUCAAGGUAGGAGUCAGUGGUCUCUCUAAAGGGGUGUAUAAGAGCACCAUGGUCCAGAUUAUCACUGAUCGUCAGAAGAGACAGGAAGAGGACCCAGCGUAUCGGAGGGCGCAGAAAGAGAUCAACCAUAAACUAGAGCAAAGAGUGAAGGAGAGAAACACGGAGCAGCCAGCCAAGCCCAAACAACAUGAACAAGGGAUGCAGUCCAGACCCAGAUCCAGCAGUUUUCCAUCAACAGUAACUCGUGUGGUGUCAGGUCCUGCUCCCAAACAGCAUCACACUCCACAACCAGUCCCACGCAGCAGAACCAGCACCCUGCCCAAGACCUCCACCCCACUGCAGCAUCACAGAACCCCUCCAUUCAGCUCUGAUGAAGAUUCGUCCGAGGAAGAGGAGACGUCUGAGGACGAAGCCCCUCAAACACAGAAGAAAUCUGUCCUGGUCAACAGCACCACAGUCAAAGCCCAGACUGCUAAAACACAGCAGCGCUCAAGCCCUCACACUCCUGCUGUGCGCUCCGCUGCUCCCGUGAUCAGUGCGAACAGGACAGAUGUGACCGCUCUGAGCGAGAGCGACAGCGAGUGGACCGACGGCAGCGAGAUCAAGGAGAUCAACCUCUCACAGCUGCACAAACACACCGACCAGAAUGGAAAUGUGGAGAAGAUUUCUCACAGUAAUGUCAAAGCUAUUGGCAAAAGCCUUGAAAAACAGCUGGCGACACGAGGCCCACAGAAACCAGCAGGGGGCGUUAAUACAUUCCUGGAAAAGCCAACAGCUGUCACAAAUAUAAAGCAAGAUGCAAAGAAAGUCCUAAAGUACACAGAUGAAGAUGAUGACGAUGAUGACUGGGAUAUCUCCUCUAUAGAGGAUGUGCCCGCUGUACCCAAACCCAGCCAAUGUCCCGUGCCUGUCAUCAGGAAGAGCCUGGACAAGAGUCUGGACACCAGCACUAGUGUGUGGGGCUCAUCGACGGGCAAAGGGCACAAGCCAGGCCUCACAGACGCAGGAACCAGCAGCACUCUCAAGAGCAGCUUAGUGACUGUCAGUGACUGGGAUGAUUCAGAUGAGAUAUAAGAAAAUGCAGCAGAGCAAUACCAAAACAUUCACCAGCUAAUAAACCUCAUAACUGUAAUACCCAGUAUCUGUUGUAGCUCAGGCUUAGUGUUUAUUCAGGGACAGCAGUGCACAAACAGCCUUUCAUUCCUUGAGUUUGAUAUUUACAGUGUUAAAGGUACUUUAUAUGAAAUAUAAAGGUACAAGUACAGCUAAUGCUAAGGAACAUCUAAGGGAUAUUGCACUUUAAAAUAAUUGCCUCAUACUUUUUGAUUGUUUAUAUGCUAAAGGAUUUAUUAAAUUCACUUUUUAUAACA